AUGCUUCUGAACAUUGCGCCUUACAUACUGUCUUCAUUGCUGCUAGGCCUAUUCUUGCUUUGCGUGGCGCGUCAUUUCUUGGAUCGAAAGGGUCUUCGACAGUAUCCGGCACCUUCAAUUGCAGGUUUCAGCUCACUAUGGCGUCUCUAUCACAAUAUCAGAUGGAAACAUUACGCUGCAGUUCAUGAAGCCCAUCAAAAAUUAGGAGCGCACGUUCGUAUCGGCCCAAACCACAUCUCAAUCCUGGACCCUCGCGCACCUCAAGAAAUUUAUGGUCACGGUGCCAACAUGUUAAAGGAUAUUUGGUACGAUGCUGGCGCAGGACCACACAGAAAUUUAGCCGAUGCGAGAGAUAAGGCUGAACAUCAGACAAAACGCAAGAUGUUUGCCCAUACAUUUGCAGCGAAGACAGUGGUUGCUUUCGAACCUCAACUCCGCGAAAGAAUUUCGGCUUUCACACAGCUGCUGGAUCGACAAGCCGGCACAAAGACCAAUAUGCGACGUGCUUUGAAUUAUUUCUUGAUUGAUCUCUUUGGAAUUCUUCUCUAUGGUCACAACCUGGGAUGUCUUGAACGAAAUGACGACCUUCUUACCGCCGAAUCGAAAGAAGAUGGCAAACUAUACAAGGUCCCGUUUAUUCAGUCGUUACUCGACUCAAGCGUCAUAAACAACCUAUUGGCAAUCACUGCACACUAUGCUCAAUUUACUCGUUCGCUUGUGACAAGUCACCCAUACAAGAAAGCAGGCGUCGAUUGGGAAAAUAUCAUCUACUACAACACAAAAAAGCGAUUUGCGAACACAAGCCCUCAAGACGACCUUUUCCAAUGCUUAAUCCAAGAUAGUAAAGGAAAAAGCCUUAAUUUACCAUUUGGGGAGAUCAUGGCUGAGUGCUCAGUAAUGAUGAAUGCUGGCACAGAGACCAGCACUGCCGCAAUGACCAGCACCAUUUUUCUUCUUUACACCCAUCCUCGAGUCCUUCAGAAACUUCGAGAUGAAAUCAGCGCUGCUGAUCCUAGUGAUGGAACUCCAUCAUAUGAUGUUGUCUCUAAACUACCUUACCUUCGAGCCUGUAUUGAAGAAGCUUUACGCCUAAGACCACCAAGCUCGUUUGGCCUGCCUCGCAUUGUUCCAAAAGGAGGUAGAUUUAUUGCGGAAAAGUUCAUUCCUGAAGGUGUCACGGUAUCUGUUCCAACUUACUCGAUACUCCGAGACGAAUCGGUAUUUAGCAGCGCAACUGAGUAUAAUCCAGACCGUUGGCUGACAGAAAACUCGGAGGAGAAAAAGAAGAUGCUCAACAACCAUAUACCAUUCAGUACUGGCCCUCGCGCUUGCAUUGGUCGCAAUAUUUCCUAUUUUGAGCAGGCUGUGGUUAUUGCUACCAUUGUGAAGCUUUACGAUGGUCAUAUCGAAGAGGGGUUUCAGCUGGAAACACAAGAGCGAUUUAACUCGAACCCUGGGGAUUUGCCAAUGGAAAUGAGACCACGAGCAGUUUGA